GCUCCGCAUAUCGCCCAGGCCGCUCAGCGGCAGCCGCGGCUCCGCCCGCUGGGGGCGGGACAAGGGCGAUGCCGGGCGCCUCCCGGCCCCGCGCAGCUCCGCUUGCUGCCGCCGCCGCAGUCGCCACCGCAGCAGCAGCCGCAGGUAUGGAUGGGAAGAAAUGCAGCGUGUGGAUGUUUUUACCUAUUGUCUUUACUCUGUUUACGUCAGCUGGAUUAUGGAUAGUGUACUUUAUAGCAGUGGAAGAUAACAAAAUUCUCCCACUAAAUGUACCAGAUAGGAAACCUGGUUCCAAAAGACCACCUUACAUAAGUAUUGCAGGUGAUACACCUCCUGCAAGCUGUGUGUUUAGCCAAGUCAUGAACAUGGCAGCGUUUCUAGCACUUGUUGUAGGGCUGCCCUGCCGUUUCAUUCAGCUGAAGCCCAAGGUGCUAAACUCUUGGCUGAACAUCAGCGGCCUGGUGGCAUUAUGCUUGGCCUCUUUGGGAAUGAUACUUGGCAACUUUCAGCUUUCCAGCGAUGAAGAGAUCCACAAUGUGGGCACAUCACUGACUUUUGGCUUUGGGACCUUGGCAUGCUGGAUCCAGUCUGCCCUCACCCUCAAGAUCAACCUGAAGAAUGAGGGACGGAAAGUUGGAAUUCCACGUGUCGCCCUGUCAGCCAGCAUCACCCUCUGUGUAGUGCUUUAUUUCAUCCUCAUGGCACAGGGCAUCCACAUGCAUGCUUCCAGGAUCCAGUGGGGCCUGGUGAUGUGCUUCCUGUGCUACUUUGGCACUUUUGCAGUGGAGUUCAGACACUACAGAUUUGAGAUUGUUUGCUCUGAGUACCAGGAAAACUUUCUGAGCUUUUCUGAAAGCUUAUCAGAAGCCUCUGAGUACCAGACAGAUCAGGUGUAGCCUGUCCACUGGCAGGGGGGAGGGGAACAGGUGUUGUCUCAUGGGUUGUCUCAUGACCUCAUUUACACGGUUUUGAUGAGUUUGUUUUCAUGUGCAUCAUGAUUGUAUGGCCAAAGGGCUCUGAGGUUGACUGUCUCAUUAAGAGCCAAACAAAAGUAUCUGUCUGCUGGAAGGGGAGUGGAUUCCUUCUCAGUAGCAGCAUGAGAGCACAAGCUACCAGCAACUGUUCCUGAGCGGGUUUUGUCACACUUGUGUUGUUUAAAACAUUCAACAGCCUGUCCUUGCAAUGCCCUUGCAAGACAGGCACUCUGCUGCCUGUUCUGCAGACGAGCAGAUAAAGGAAAUGGACUUCUCCAGGCACCAAGAGCCUUCAGGAGUCACUGGUUCCCAAGUCACAAGGCUGCAUCUUUUGUAUGUUUCUUGCAUUGUUUCUUUGUUGCCAAAUGGUGUAACUUGAUAGGGUGUAAAAGGGGGGCUGUUUCUUCUGGACUUGGAAUUGGGCAGUGAAAGACCUCAACUUGACUGGCUUUUAUGGUGAGUAGGCAGGCAUUUCUUCCAGCCUGAAAGGCAGGUCAUGGUAAAGCCUGGUUUGUGCUGUGAUCCGGAAGUGAGACUUGGCCAAUGCUGCCUUGUAGCUGGGCAGACCAUCCUCAGGCCAGAGAUGGUGCAGUGGUGUGUUGAAUUAAGAUGGGAAUGCCUGUGCUCCGAAGAUUACCCAGAUAAGGCUUCUCUUUGUAGGUGUGUAAUGCUUCCACCACUUCACGUAUUAUAUUUCAAAGCAUUUUUUUGUGUUCACUGAGGGGGAAAAUGUUGUGCUAGAGACACUGGGCUCACCUGCAACGAGAAGAGAACCAUUGCAGGUGGUUCUGGGCAUAGGGUUUUGUUUUGCAUCUUGUGCCCUUAGUCAAACAUGACAUGCUGACACUAGUUAGGUCUAGGCUCUGGACCUCUCAAUGUGGCCAGUUGUCCUGAGUGGAGUCAGCCACAGGUUUAAACAGGCUUCUAAAGUGCAAGGAGGCAGUUCUGCCCUGGAGGCUGGGUCAUGUGGCCUGAAAACUAGAGGUGCAGGAAGGGAAAAGCAAAACCAGAAGGGCUUCUCCCUCCCUGAAACAAGGUUUUCAAACAGAAAGUCUGUUUUUAAAGAAAAGUUCAAAGCCAGUUUGAAAACCCGAUUUUGGGAAUGCUGCUGUUUUGGCUGGGCAGGGGAGUGAUGGGAGUUGCUUCUCAUGAACAUGGCUCUUGUUUUCCUCCAUGAGUCAGGCUCAACUGAAGUUUGCAUCUUGUCUGAGCUGCAGGAAAACAAGUAGAAAUUAAACGUAUCAAAAGGCAUUUGAAGGGGAAAUCUUACUGCACUGUGGCAUUUGUGACAGAGGGCAAAAGACAGGAGGGUAUUCAGUCUUCUGCAAAGAUCAGAGGCCUCUCCUUAAGGAGAAACAGUUAACUGAAAAAAACUUCUGUCACAACUAGUGCAAGUAGAAUGCUUUCAGCCAGCCCUUUACUUUUAUCUUCCCUGGGCCAAAAUUUGUUCUCAGGCAGCUAUGUUAUAAAUCCAAAGCAUCUCCAGCCAACAGUUGUCAUUUGGCUGCUGAACCCUUCUCCUUGUAGCUGUGCCGUCAGUGCACAGGGACUUGUUGAGGGUGGCCCAAGGGCACAGCAGCAUAAAGCACAGGGCUCCCCAGCAGCCCAUCUGGGGA